AUGCUGGGAUCCGUCAAAAUGGAAUCGCACGACAUCUCCGAGUGGAACGCGUAUUACAGCGAACCCACGGAGGUCUAUCCAUCCGUGAGCACCAUGACCUCCAGCCUGGGGCCGAUGAACACCAUCAACUCCUACAUGACGCUCAACUCGCUUAGUUCCCCCAGCUCCAUUAACAUGACCUACCCGAACAGCCCUUCCCUCACCGGGCUGACCAGCUCCACCAGCCCCAUGGGCCUUCCCACUAUGACGUCACCUGUCAGCCCGGUGCUGACGCCACUGGGGACCCAGGCACCCACCAUCAACUCCCUCUCCCCCUACCCGAACGUGAGCCAGUCCCUGGCCCCCCUGGGAUACCCAGCCUCGGGCAUCAACCGGCCCAAGGAAAUCAACAAGUCGUAUCGGCGCACGCUGACUCAUGCCAAGCCCCCAUAUUCCUAUAUCUCCCUCAUCACCAUGGCUAUCCAGCAGGCCCCUAGCAAGAUGCUGACCCUCAAUGAGAUCUACCAGUGGAUCAUGGACCUCUUCCCGUAUUAUCGGGAGAACCAGCAGCGCUGGCAGAACUCCAUCCGCCACUCGCUCUCCUUCAACGACUGCUUUGUCAAAGUGGCCCGCUCCCCGGACAAGCCUGGCAAAGGCUCCUACUGGGCCCUGCACCCUAACUCGGGCAACAUGUUCGAGAACGGCUGCUACCUGCGGCGCCAGAAGCGCUUCAAGAUCGAAGAGAAGGCCAAGAAACCCAAUGCCAAGCCGUCCAGCAACCAGGAGAAGGCUCCCAAACACCCUGAGCGGCUCCAAGAAGGCCAAAGCCCCAACACAGCUUCUGAAGGGGCCGAGUCAGGCCACUCAGAUGCCUCCCAUGGUUCUGAGGAGCAAAGGGGCCUGGUCCAGUUGGACUGCUCUGGCGUGCAGGGUUCAUCUCCGGCCUCCGAGGCCUCCCCCAUCUCUCAGCCCAUGAAUAGCCACUACUUCCCUGCCUCCAUCACCAAUCUGGACCUCCCGAACGACCUCAAAAUGGACCCUCAGUACAACUUCAAUCACCCCUUCUCCAUCACCAAUCUGAUGUCCUCCGAGCAGAGCCACAAGAUUGACCUGAAGGCCUACGAGCAGGCCAUGGCGUACAGCGGCUACGGCUCGCCCCCUGCGCCGGACGGCAAACACGCCUACGAGACGGCCACUUCGCUCAGCGAGACCGGCUCCUACUACCAGAGCCUGUACAGCCGCUCCCUGCUCAAUGCCUCGUAAUGGCCCCCCUCUGGAGAGCCAAGGCCGCUUGUGGAGAUCGGGGGCGAGGGGCGGAUGCCGUUCCCCCACCUACCCACCCAAGUGUAAGA